AUGGCGACGGCGCAGGCGACAGCAGCGACACGGACGCACCUGACCCUCAAAGGGUCCACGGCGCUCGUGCACGAGUUCUUCAACUAUUCCGUCCAGUCCAUCCUCUACCAACGCAGCAUCUACCCCUCGGACGACUUCAAAACUGUCAAGAAGUACGGCCUUCAGAUGCUCGUGACCACCGACGACGGGCUGAUCGAAUACCUCGAAACCGCCAUGGCGCAGCUCAAAGUCUGGCUCGAACGCGGCGACGUUACGCGCCUGGUCGUCGUCAUCGUCGAAAAGGACUCAGGCGAGACCCGCGAACGCUGGCAGUUCGAUGUCGAUGUCAUCAACACCCCUCUCGCCUCCGAAGACUCCCCAGCCGCUGCCGCUCCGCAAGUCAAAAAGACAGACGCCCAGGUCCGCGCAGAAAUCGCAGCAAUCAUCAAACAGAUCACCGCCUCCUGCACCUUCCUCCCCGUCCUCGAGGAGCCCUGUGCCUUCCAGAUCCUCGCAUACACAAAUCAGGACGCAGAAGCUCCCGCAGAGUGGAUCGACUCGGAUGCAAGACUCAUCGCAGAAGGCCAGGCCGAACAGGUCCGCCUCCGAAGCUUUUCCACCCACGUUCACAGAGUCGACGCCAUGGUCGCCUAUCGAAGAGACGAAGAUGACGAAUGA